AUGCCCUGGCUGAGCGGCGGGCGCCGGCGGCGGGGCCAGGCGCGCGAGGCCCCGCGGGAGCCGCCGUCCGUGCAGACCCCGCGGGAGCCGCCCGCGCCCGCCGCGCCCCCCGCGCCCCCCGCGCCGCUGCGGGCCCGCGAGAGCGCCGAGCUGCCGCUGCCCGCCGGCUGGGAGGAGGCGCGCGACUACGACGGCCGCGUCUUCUACAUCGACCACAACACGCGCCAGACGUCGUGGAUCGACCCCCGGGACCGGAUAACAAAGCCCCUGACCUUCGCCGAUUGUGUCGGGGACGAACUUCCCUUAGGAUGGGAGACGGUGUAUGACAAACAAAUUGGGAUCUAUUACAUGGACCACAUAAACAAGCUCACCCAGAUUGAGGACCCCAGAGAGCAGUGGCGGCGCGAGCAGGAGCGGAUGUUGAAAGAAUACUUGGUGGUAGCUCAGGAGGCUCUCAAUGCCAAGAAGGAAAUCUACCAGAUCAAGCAGCAGCGGUUUGAGCUGGCACAGGAGGAGUUCCAGCAUCUGCACAAAAUGUGUGAGGACGACAGCCGCUCCUACGCCAGCUCCUUCUCUGGAUAUUCAACGAAUACAAAGUACGACCCACACCAGAUUAAAGCAGAAAUAGCCAGCCGCCGGGAUAGGCUUUCCAGAUUGAAGCGAGAGCUGGCGCAGAUGAAGCAGGAGCUGCAGUACAAAGAGAAGGGGGUGGAGACCCUGCAAGAGAUUGACCGUAAGAUGUCAAACACUCACACCACCUACAAGCUGGACGAGGCGCAGGCCAUCAUGAACGAGCUCCGCACCAUCAGGAAGGCCAUCUGCACAGGCGAGAAGGAGCGGCGGGACCUGAUGCAGAGCCUGGCCAAGCUCACGGACGGCUUCAGGAACAACUUUUCUCUGGCCGAUCCGCUGCACGAGGCCCCUCACCACCCCGGCGCACUGGGCAACUCCCACCAGUUCUGCGACGCCGGGUCUCAGACCGACAUCAUUGGGGAGUUUGUCUUCGACGAUAAAACCAGACUUGUGGACCGCGUGCGGCUGAACUGGCAGUACGAGGAGGCCAGGAAGAGAGUCUCAAAUAUCCAGCAGCAGCUGGCGCAGCUCGAGAACGAGUCGUGGCCCGGCAUGGCCGAGGCCGACCGCGACCGGCUGCAGCUCAUCAAGGAGAAGGAGGCGCUGUUGCAGGAGCUGCAGGUCAUCGUGCAGCAGAGCCGGCCGGCGGAGGAAGCGGCCCGCCUGGAGGAGGAGCGGCGGCGCUUGGAGGAGGAGAUCCAGCGCGCGCGGGCCACCUCCGUGCAGGGCGCCACCGAGAGGAUUCUCCUUCAGGAGAAAAGAAAUUGCCUGCUCAUGCAGCUGGAAGAAGCUACUCGCUUAGCAUCCUAUCUGCAGUCCCAGUUAAAAAGCCUGUCCGCCAGCACCCUGACGGUGUCUUCCGGGAGCAGCCGGGGGUCCCUGGCCUCCAGCCGGGGCUCGCUGGCCUCCAGCCGGGGCUCCUUGAGCUCCAUCAGCUUCACCGACAUCUACGGCCUGCCUCAGUACGACAAGCCGGACGCCGCCGAGUGCAGCCAGCUUCUGCGCUUUGAUCUGAUCCCCUUCGACUCACUGGGACGGGACACCCCCUUCUCCGAGCCCCAGGUUCCCCCGGGCUUCCAAAAGCAGAGGCGCUCCCUGGACACGCCCCAGUCCCUGGCGUCCCUGUCCUCCCGCUCCUCCCUGUCCUCCCUGUCUCCCCCGAGCUCCCCCCUAGACACGCCCUUCCUCCCACCCUCUCGGGACUCCCCCUUGGCCCCACUAGGGGACAGUUUGGAAGUGCCAGGCCUGGGCACCCUAGACAGACUACGGGCCCAGGCCGUGGCUCUGGGAGAGGAAGACUUGCAGGGCGCAGCGGCCCUGCCACCGAAUGCAUUCCCUGGGGAUGGGGAAGGACCUCGCGAGCGAGGAUCCCAAGUGGCAGCCAUCGCCACUGGCACACCAGUGACGCUUCGGGAAGACGGCGCCAGGAGGCUGGAGAGGCGAGGGCGCCGCGUCUCGGCAUGCCUGUCGGACUACUCCCUGGCCACUGACAGCGGCGUGUUCGAGCCUCCGGCCAAAAGGACCGAAGAGUCCGAGGAGGCGGCCCAGGGGGACACGCGCGCCGUGGAAGGGCCUCAGAUCCACGUGGGGUACUGGCACGACAGCGGCAGCGAGUGCCUCCUGGUGAAGGUGCUGCAGCUGAGGAACCUGGCGGGGCUGGCCGUGAAGGAGGACUGCAAGAUACACGUCCGUGUCUACCUGCCGUCGCUGGACUCCGGCACCCCAGACACUUACUGCUCCAAGGCUGUGGACUUCCAGGCACCCCUGGUAUUCAAUGACGUGUUCAGAAUCCCCGUGCACUCAAGCAUGCUGACGCUGAAGUCCCUUCAGUUAUAUGUGUGUUCAGUGAACCCGCAGCUGCAGGAAGAACUGCUGGGCAUCGCUCAGAUUAACCUGGCCAGCUGCAGCGGCCCGAGUGAGAUGCAGCUGCGCUGGUACACCGUGCAGGUGUUCACCAGCCCCGAGCCGCCCCGGCCCAAGGAGAGCCAGCGGGCCGACAAGAGCGGGGCCCGGGAGCCGGUGCCCACCGCCGCCGCUGCCGCCGCUGCCGCCACUGCUGCGGCGGCCGCCGCCGGGAAGACGGACGCGGUGACGGUGCUGCUGGCCAGAACCACGGCCCAGCUGCAGGCGGUGGAGAGGGAGCUGGCGGAGGAGCGGGUGAAGCUGGAGUACUCGGAGGAGAUGGAGCGGAAGGAGGAGCAGACCGAGGCCCGGUCUGAGCGGAGCUGGCAGGCCGACUCGGUGGACAGUGGCUGCAGCAGCUACACCCAGACCAGCCCCCCGCACCCGGAGCCCUGCUGCAGCGGCGUGGACUCCAUCCACGGACACCCGAGCGCGGGCCAGGCAGAGCCUUACCACCCCGAGAGGCGCCAGCCCCCGCCUCUGAAGGUGGACAAGGAAACCAACACGGAAGACCUGUUCCGGGAAGAGCUGGUGAGUCUGCCAAAGGAGCGGCCCGGCCGUAGGGCCCGCGCCUCGCCGUUCGUCCGCAGCGGCACGAUCGUCCGCUCCCAGACCUUCUCGCCCGGGGCGCGCAGCCAGUACGUGUGCAGACUUUAUCGCAGUGACAGCGACAGCUCCACGCUGCCCCGGAAGUCCCCCUUCGUCCGCAACACUCUGGAGAGACGGACCCUCCGCUACAAGCAGGCCUGCAGGUCCUCCCUGGCCGAGCUCAUGGCCCGCACGUCCCUGGACCUGGAGCUGGACCUCCAGGCGUCCAAGACUCGGCAGAGGCAGCUGAACGAGGAGAUCUGCACCCUCCGCGAGCUGAGGCAGCGCCUGGAGGAUGCCCAGCUCCGGGGCCAGACUGACCUCCCGCACUGGGUGCUGCGGGACGAGCGGUUCCGGAGCCUGCUGAAGGAGGCGGAGCGGCAGACCAGACAGACCAAGCUUGACUUCCACCAAGAACAGGCAGCUGAGAAGAUGCUGAAGAAGGCCUCCAAAGAGGUCUGCCAGCUGCGGGGGCAGAACCACAAGGAGCCCGUGCAGGUGCAGACCUUCAGGGAGAAGAUAGCGUUUUUUACCAGACCAAGGAUUAACAUACCUCCUCUGCCCGCCGAUGAUGUUUGA